UCUCGAAUGAAACUGCUGCCGUCUGUGAACCAGCUCUGGCCUUACAGUUGAAUGCUCAGUUGGGAUCUGCCUACCAGCUGAUAUGUUACUUCACCAACUGGGCCCAGUACCGGCCAGGCCUGGGGAGUUUCAAGCCUGAUGACAUCGACCCCUGCCUGUGCACUCACCUCAUCUAUGCCUUUGCUGGGAUGCGGAACAAUGAGAUCACUACCAUUGAGUGGAAUGACGUGACUCUCUACCAAGCUUUCAAUGGACUGAAAAAGAAGAACAGCCAGCUGAAAACUCUCCUGGCCAUUGGAGGCUGGAACUUUGGAACUGCCCCUUUCACCACUAUGGUUUCCACUGAGGAGAACCGCAAGACUUUCAUUGCCUCCGUCAUCAAGUUCCUGCGCCAGUAUGACUUUGAUGGGUUAGAUCUUGACUGGGAGUACCCUGGUUCUCGUGGGAGCCCGCCUCAAGACAAGCAUCUCUUCACUGUCUUGGUACAGGAAAUUCGUGAAGCUUUUGAAGAGGAGGCCAAGCAGACUGGCAAACCCAGGUUGAUGAUCACUGCUGCAGUAGCUGCUGGCAUCUCCACAAUCGAGUCUGGCUAUGAGAUCCCUCAGGUGUCCCAGUACCUGGACUUCAUCCAUGUCAUGACGUAUGACUUCCACGGCUCUUGGGAGAGCUACACUGGAGAGAAUAGCCCCCUCUACAAAUACCCAACUGAUACAGGCAGUAACGCCUAUCUGAAUGUGGAUUCUGCCAUGAAGUACUGGAAGGAUAAUGGGGCCCCAGUUGAGAAGCUCAUUGUUGGAUUCCCAGCCUAUGGACACACCUUCACCCUGAGCAACCCUUCUAACACUGGAAUUGGUGCCCCUGCCUCUGGUGCUGGCCCUGCUGGGCCCUAUACCAGGGAGUCUGGGUUCUGGGCCUACUAUGAGAUUUGUACCUUCCUGAAAGACGGAGCCACAGAGGCAUGGGAUGGGCCUCAGGAGGUGCCCUAUGCCUACCAGGGGAAUGUGUGGGUUGGCUAUGACAAUGUCAAGAGCUUCGACAUCAAGACCCAGUGGCUUAAGCAGAACAACUUUGGAGGCUCCAUGGUGUGGGCAAUUGAUCUGGAUGACUUCACUGGCACUUUCUGUAACCAGGGCAAGUUCCCCCUGAUCUCCACUCUGAAGAAAGCCCUCGGCCUGCAGAAUGAAAGUUGCACGGCUCCUGUUCAGCCCAGUAAGCCUGUCACUGAUGCUCCCGGCAGUGGCAGCGGCAGUGGCAGUGGGGGCUCUGGGGGCAGUGGAUUCUGUGCAGACAAAGCUGACGGCCUCUACCCAGUGGCAGAUAACAAAAAUGCCUUCUGGCACUGCGUAAAUGGAGUUUCAUACCAGCAGAACUGCCAGGCUGGGCUUGUCUUUGACACCAGCUGCAGUUGCUGUAACUGGCCAUGAACAUGACCAGUGUCUGUAUUGCCCAGCCUCCUGAACAGCCUCCUUUGCUUCUUGCAAAAGAAAUCUUGCUCCUUAAAGUUCUGCAAUAAAACCAGCAGUCUAAGCAUGAA